AUGUCAUUCGUCCAAUCCCUCCUCUUCGACUCUAGCAUCCCCAUCAAGGCUCGACAAGAAGCUCUCGAUCGCGCAUUUUCAGACCCAGGAAUCCCUCCUAUCCAGAGCACGUCUUCUUUCUGGCUCAAAGACCCGCAUGUAAAUCUCGCAAAAACCCAAUCGACAGACCUGCCAACCCCAACAGACAUCGUGAUCAUCGGGUCCGGGAUUACCGGCGCCUCGAUCGCCCGAACUCUCCUCACCACUGGCCAUGGCAGGGACAGUCCCAAGCCUAGAAUUCUUAUUCUUGAAGCCCGCGACGUCUGCAGUGGCGCGACAGGCCGUAAUGGAGGGCACAUCCUCGAAACAGUCGAGGAGUUCACCGAGCUGGAGCAGUCGAUCGGGCUCGAGGCAGCGAAGAAGGUGGUUCAGUUUCGACUAUCACAUUUGGAUGAGGUGCUAGCUGUGGCGGAGGAGUAUGGGCUAGUGGAGGAGGCGCAGGCGCGAAAGGUGCAGUUUCUUAGUGUUUAUUUUGAUGAUGAGAGAUGGGAUGAGGCGGUGCGUUGUAUCAAGAGGUUCAAGGAGUGUAUGCCAACGGAGUCGGCUGAUUGGAGGAUCUUUGAGAGGGAGAUUCCGACGGAAUUCUGCCUUCCCGCUGCACGAGGAAUCAUCGCCGGUCCGGCCGGGGCUCUGUGGCCGUAUAGAUUCGUUACGGGCAUCCUGGAUCGUCUACGCGAUAGGUUUCCUGAUAAUCUGCAGAUAGAGACAAAUACACCCGUCCUGGAAAUCAAUAAUACAGGUGCUGAUCAGCAUAGCUACUCUGUCACCACGGCGAGAGGCAGUAUAAAAGCUCGGCAUCUCAUCCAUUGCACGAAUGCCCACGUCGGCCACCUCGUCCCAGGUCUCAGAGGGCGUAUCUAUCCAAUCCGCGGACAGAUCUCUGCGCAGAACCCGGGACAGAGAUUCCCCAGCCAAGGGACAAAGCAUUCAUGGCUUUUCAACUAUGACCGUGGCUUCGACUAUCUGACGCAACUUCCGUCCGGAUCUGAACAUGACACUACGAAUAAAAUGAUGUUUGGUGGCGGUUUUGCCCAGGGCAAGAACGGCGGCAUAGAUGAUCUCGGGAUUUCUACGGACUCUGAAAUGAGCUUUUACACUGACAUUCAUCUCUCUGGGGCGUUGAGUGUUACCUUCGGACGGGAGAACUGGGGCACUGUUUCGGGUCCCGCUGUGGAAAUGAUGUGGACGGGGAAUAUGGGAUUCAGUGCAGAUGGGUUUCCGUGGGUAGGAAGACUCCCGAGAUCUUUGACAAGAAGAGGCACAGAUGCGAAUCGCACUGAAAAGGGUCAUGAAUGGGUUUCUGCCGGGUUCUCGGGCGAAGGGAUGGUGCAUGCGUGGUUGUGUGGAAAAGCGCUGGGAAGAAUGAUAUUGGCGGACGAUGAGGGGUUAAGUGAGCAGGAGGACUUGUCUUGGUUUCCGGAGCAGAUGCUGGUAACGGAGGAGAGAGCUCAGGCGUCUGUUCUGCCUCGGAAGGUGGUGGAGAGGGCGUCUCAUCUGUAG